ACUUACAUAGUAGACAGGAGUAUCACAUUCACAUGUUUAUCAAAUGUUCACGCAUUUCUCUGUUGGUGGUUUUAAGAAUUAUUAACAUGAAUAUAAAAUUAUUUAAAUGCAAUAUCUUGAAGAGACAAAUCAUUGUUUUCAUGAUAUUCAUGGGUUACUCCAACAUCACAAUACUACAUACAAAUUUAUCCAUGGCUGUGGUGGAUAUGACUUCACUCAAAAAAAUAUCUAGUUCACAGAAUUCUUCUGAAAUGAAAGCUGAAUUCAACUGGACACCUGAACAAAAAAGUUUGAUACUGGGUUCCUAUUCAUAUGGGAGGUUACUCAGUCCAAUUGGGGGGAUAUUGGCAACUAAACUAGGUGGAAGCACUAUAUGCAGUAUUGGAAAUUUGGGAAUGGCCGUCAUCACUCUAGUCUCACCUCUUCUACUAACAGCUGAUUUCAACUUCUUUUUCAUAAUGUACGUGAUUUUUGGAAUUUUUGAGGCCUUAGUUAUUACAGGAAUCCCUGAAAUAAUCGCUCGUUGGGCGCCUCCUGAAGAACAUUCAAGAUUUGUUUCAUUUGGAGAAGUUGGUUUCUUUUUUGGAGCUAUAGCAUCAUUCAUACUUUCUGGCAUAGUAUUAGGAAAGUGCCAAUGGCAAAUAUUAUUCUACUGCAAUGGAUUAGCUUCAUUGAUAUGGUUUGGUAUUUGGUUCAUUAUAGUCAAAAAUGAACCAAUGGACGAUAAACACAUGAGUGAAUCAGAACAAAGAUACAUACAGGAAAGAAUGAAAUACAAGCAUGCAGAAGAGAAGUUGGCAUAUCCAUGGAAAAAAAUUGCAACAUUUAUGGUUUUAUGGGUUGGUUCUCUAGCUGAAUUUGCUAUUGUGUGUGGUUUGAUAUUUACAUCAGUGUUCUUACCGCAAUGUAUUGAAGAUACUGCAGGUACAGACAUAACACAUGCUGGAUUUAUUUCUACAAUACCUCAAAUAUGUGCCCUGAUUUCAAUGCCAAUCAGUGGAUGUAUUUCUGACUAUAUCAGAUCACUCAACAAAAUUUCAGUCACCAAUCUGCAUAGACUUUUUGCCAGUAUAAGUUUGCUCGGUGCUUCAGUGUUUUAUGCUGUUGUAGUCAUAUGCUCAAACUUUGUAGUUCAUAUUGUGGCUAUAUCUUUGUAUCAAUUUUUUAGCACAUUCCUUCUAGCUGACAUAACAGUUUUAUUUCUGGACAUCUCACCAAAAUACACAGCUUUUUUCAUGUCUAUUGUGAACACCUGCUCCAUUACAUCUGGUUUUAUUGUUCCAAUUGUUGUGGAAUUUAUUGUUACAUCUCAUAGUCUGUACCAAUGGAACAUUUGCUUCGCAAUCUAUAGCAGCAUGUACCUGUGUGUGGCAUUGCUCUACUUAAAAUUUGUUACUGCAGAGCAACCUUCUUGGGCUAUCUCUGAAUGCAACGCUAAUCAAAAUACUAUGGAAAUGAAAGAGAAAGCCAUAAACUCGGCAAAAUUGUAGUUUAUACUUCGCACUCAUGCAACUGCUGCAAAAUGUAGCAUCACACAGAGAAAACUUCUCAGAAGAAGUUUUAUACCAUCAAUCAACCUACUUGGUAAAAUGAAAUAUCAUAGGUUACUCUUCUCAAGAAACCUACCCAAAUUAAAGCUCAAGAUGCAAAUAUGUCAGGAUUGCUUUCUCUUUACAAUCAACUUACUUCUUUUUCAAAGAAUCCUUCAAUGAGGUUUCCUUAGAAAUGUAAGACUUCAAUACAGUGUGAUUUUUUUUCUGCU